GCAUAAUGGACUAUAUCAGCCUGGCUGAAAAUACUUUAAAGCUUAAUGAAGUAAUUCUGAACUUGACCUAUUCUAUAAAGCUGCAAGUAAAAAAACAAAGAGGUAAAAGUGCUCCUGCACUCUCUACAGAUGACUGGUCAUCCCCAAAGGAAGAUGAAAGACAGAAAGUUGAAGAAAUUGAUGGAGAAGACGAAAAUGGGGAGACAGAAUUUGCUGAAACAGAUUCAAGUUCCAGGCCAAUUCAGUUGGACAACGGGGAAGGAAGAUUCAAACUAAACAGCCUGCCUGUUGAGGACAACUUGGAAAAACAACCAAAACAUCAUCAAGUGAAGAACUUUCUUCAGCUGGAAGACAAGGUACUACAAGAGUCACUACAGAAAUGUUGCUCUCUUCUGAACCAGAUGAAUGUGUCCGAAGCUGUGCUGGAGUCAGAGACAAGUGAAGAUAGCAACAGUGAGGUUGAAUCCGAGGUAACAUUAUAUCCAAAAACGAUGCGGAAGAAAAAAAUGCAGAGAUGCUCUAAAAUUAAGUCUGCUCUCCCCGCCAUCUCCAUUCGUCAAAUUGGCAAAGAGAAAGCCAAGCAGAUGAAUCGAAUAGACCUGAAAACCUAUGCACCAUUUGUGAAUCGAUAUGCAAAUCGCAGUAAUGGAGGAAUCCCAAUAUUUGCUGAGGAAAGGUUGAUGGAAAGAGCUGCAAAUGCGAAGCAAACUGAAGAGAUGAAAAAUGCUGAAACAGUGAAGCAAUUAAAUUUUCCAUCAGUAAGAAAGAAUGAAGAUUCCAGUCAGAUUCCAGUUAUAAAUCAUGCCUUCUUCUUUCACACUGGUCGAAAAGCUCAUCGGGGAUUAAAGGAACGUUCCACAGAAAACAAGAGAGAAGCAGAAUCCUCACAACGUAGAAGCAAUUAUAAAAACACUGAUGCCGUGCUUGGAUUGGAGGAUGUCUUGCCUGGCGAUAGCUCAAAGUAUAACGGAAUAAUACCAAAUAAUGAGAGUAUUCAUAAAACAAGCCUACCAAAUCGGCCUUUGCCAUUUAUACGGAGACUAAAAAACAAGGUUUCAAGUAAUUCUGUCCACAAAGAACAUAUGUAAGAUUUCCAUACUUUCCACUAAGUUAGUCAAACAGCAUCCACCUGCUGUCAUCAACAAGCCUGGAACAGUCCAGACCAAUUUUCCUUAA